AUGGAAACCAGAGGAACGAACAAGAGGAAGAACGUAUUAACCAUCAAUGACGAGAGUCAGAAAAAAUCUCAAAAAUCCGCAGAAAUCCAAAACACUCAAGUAAAACUCGAGGGAGUAGAUCGAGAAGAAGAAGAGCGCGAUGAAUCUCGUGGCGUUGGGAGCAGAAAUUUAUCUAGUUUGGUCAUGAUUAAAACAGAUGUUCUUGAUUGCUUCAUUUGCUUCGAGCCCUUGAGGCCUCCUCUGCGUCAGUGCCAAAAUGGACAUGUAGCGUGUUCUGCCUGCUGUGUUAAGCUCCCCGAAAACAAAUGCCCAUCCUGCUCUCAUCCAAUCAACUUCUCUAACGUUGCAGCUCUCGAGAAGAUCAUAGCAUCAACCAUAUCCUCUUGUUGUUAUGCAAAGCAUGGCUGCAGUAGAACACUUCCUUAUCAUGAGAUACUCUCUCAUCAAGAGACAUGUAUUCAUGCCCCUUGCUUCUGCCCCAUGCCGAAGUGCACUUUCUCUGAUUCCCCCAUCCAAGUCUCAACACACUUUCGGGCCAAACAUGGAAGCUUUAUCAUUAAUUUGCAGUAUGGAAAACAGUUAACUAUAUCUUUGAAGCAAGACGAACCAUUUGUGGUACUUCAUAAACGAAAUGAUCCCCUCUUCCUCCUCGUCAAUGACAAGAAUGUUGAAGGAAAUUCUUUAUCGUUAGCCUGCAUUCGCUCAAGUUCCACGGAAUGUGAUUUCACGUAUGAGCUUAUGGUAAGUGGUGGAAGCUGUUCUUACCAGUUUAAGGCAUCUCCUGCAAAUUUUAGGAAGUGGGAGGAAGGUUACCCUAGGAGCUCCGUCCUUGUGGUCCCCCAAAACUUCUGCUCUUCGUCAGGAGAUAUUGUCCUUAAUAUUUGCAUCAAGAAGGGGAGGAUGCAUAUCAAUGUCUAGUCUAAUCUUCUGGAUGCUGAUUUUGUUGUAAAUAUUCAGUGUCUGGCGCGAGUGAGCAGGUAUCGGGAUCAUAUUUUGUCUUGUGAUGUAUUGAUCUCGCCUGUGUUUGAUCUGCUGUACUUUUGAAAUGUUGUAGCUAUUCACCAAAACAAGCUCACAUUGUGCAAUGUAAUGCAUGUACAUAUGGAGCUAUGAAAACUGAUGCAGCUAUCUAAACAUUGUAGAAAAGUUUUGUAGCUAUCUAGAGAGGAGUAUCAUGUACUAUGGUUUUUGAAGAGGAAUAUCC